AACAACAAAUAACACUUGACGAGCCUUCAAACGUAGACGUGUCUCGUUCUCAAAACGCGUGUGUUCUUUAAAACUUAUUUUUAUAAAUAUUCCAACUAAGGACACCCAACUCCAUACUUAAUUAACGAAAAGUUUACGUGUUUUGUUGAACAAUCCAAAAAAUAUAUAAAUAAAAUCAUGAAAUCCAUUGUAUUUGCUGUUCUCUGCUGUAUGACUGUUGUUGUGUCGGCUCAACGUGGUAUACCACCACCACGUGGAAAUUCUUUCGACGCCAAUGCUGUGAUACUUAAACAGGAUUUCAAUUUGAAUCCAGAUGGUUCAUACAACUACAAUUAUGAAACUAGCAAUGGUAUACGUGCUGAUGAAGCUGGUUAUCUUAAGAAUGCAGGCAAUCCUCAAUUAGAAGCUCAGGUAAUGCAAGGCUCUUACUCCUACACCGGACCUGAUGGUGUAGUAUAUACCAUCACUUAUAUUGCCGAUGAAAAUGGUUUCCGUGCCGAAGGUGCUCAUAUUCCAACACCACCACCAGUAGCUGCUCCCGGUGGACCCAGAGGUAGAUUCUUCUAAUAAAUACAUUAAAACUUAAUGUAUUUCUAAAACAGCAUUAAAGAAAUAUUAACAAAAGAAACAGUGUACUUCCAAGCUAAACAAGAGAUUAAUUAAUACACAUAUUAAACGGCAAAUAGUUGGCAACUAUUACAAAACAUAAAUCAUGUGGCAACGCUAAUAAUAAAACACAUACUUACAUUUUAAGCACACCGACACAAGAUGAAAAAUCCCAAAUACAACUGCACACACAUAUGUACAUGUCAACAGCAACACAUUCACUUAUACAUCACCGAGUUGUAUUAAUCCCUAUUUUUUGUAAAGUUAGCCCACAUUUCCGGGCACUAUCAGCAGUUUCCAAUUCUAACGAUAAUCUAUAUACACACUACACUUUAUUUCCAGCUCUUCCUCUUUUUGAUUAUCCUGUUCAAUCCUUUCCAUGACAGUAAUUCUCCCUCUCUCUCUCUCUUUAUUGUAUUUAUAUUUACCUUCUUCUAUACACUCUUCAAUGUUUAUUGUGAUCGUAUUUCUUUCUAUUCAUUUUCAUACACUUUUUUUAUAACUUUUUCAUAUGUUUUAUUAUUUUAUUUAAGAGAAACAGAGAAGCUAAAUAAAUUUAACAAUUUAUUAUAAAUUUUUUAUGUAUAAAUAUUUCAUUUUUUUAUUUUAGUUGAUAAAUAAACAGAAUUUUUAUGUAAUUUGUUUUGUUAAUUAAAAUAUUGUUUAAAUUAUUUGUUAAAACCCAUGUUAAAACAGCAAAUAUUGAAAUAAGUUUUAAUAAGAAAUUUUUGUUUUAUUAAGUAUGGCAACUACGCAAUAAAUAAAUUGCGCAAAAAACUUACAAUAAAA